AAACCUGUCAAACUAGAUGAGAAACCACCAUUUUCGUAUGCUACCAUCAUAGCGCAUGCCAUUCUAUCAAGUCAAGAACGAAGGCUAACAUUAAGUGAAAUCUACCAAUGGAUUUCUGAGAAUUAUCCUUGUUAUUCCGACAAAGAUCAUCGUUGGCAGAACUCCAUUCGCCAUAAUCUAUCGCUGCAGAAAGCCUUUGUGAAAAUAGAGCGCGAUUCGAGUCUACCAUCGUCUCGAAAAGGAUGUUUCUGGACCAUUUUACCUGAUUAUGAGCAACAAUACAUCGACAACCUACUUAAAGGAGGAACAAGAAUACAAAAGAAAACCAGUUCC